AUGGAUAACCGCAAACUAAGCAUGUGCGAAAAGGUGAAGACGCGGAAGUACACUCGUUUGAACCGAGUAAGCACGAAGGCGCUGAUGAAGAGCAUGUUCGGACUGGAAAGCGUCGUCCAAGGACGAAUCAAGUUGCUGCUGCGUGGCAAGAAAGUCGGCUUUGCCAUAGAUGCAUGGACUGAGGAAGGCAUGCAUUUCGUGGCAGUCAUCGGUGUAACUGGGGCCGACAAGUAUCUGUUGUGCUUUUCGACUCUGACGGGCGAGUCGGACAUGGGGUCAGACGUGAUUAUCGAGUUGCUUGACGACGUGUUAGACACGUACGAAAUUCAUGCCUCUCAGCUCUGCUUCUACGUGAUCGAUCACGCGUCCGUAAAUGUAGCAAUUGCAAACAAGACACUGGUUCCAAUGAUAGGGCGUGCUAGCCACCGAUUCAACUUGGCCGUCCAAGCCCUCAUGCGCGAGGACGACGAUAUAUUGGAUAAAGUCCAUGCGCUCAUGGUCAAGUUGAACACGAUCAAGAACCGGCAUCAUCUCCGCGAGGCAGACGCCCUCAUGCCUGUCUACCGUAAUACAGCACGCUGGAGCAGCACGUUCUCCAUGAUCGACCGCUAUUUUCGCAUCUAUUCGAAGUUGGACCGCAUCGACGACCAAUUGGCGGGCUUCAUUCCCACCCCACGAGAGAAUGUCCGGUUGAAGGCUCUAUAUGAAGACCUCAAGAACUUGGGGAGUGUGAACAAGAAGCUACAAACGACGAUGGUGUCUCUGCUUGAUGUGCGGGCUCUGUUUGACCAUGUCAUCAAGCAUUACCCUGGUACGGACCUGUAUCUGUCACCUACGGCCUCGUUGGUCAAGUUUCCCGACUUCGAGAACGGUAUCGUUAAGCUUAUGGCUGGCAAAGAGAAUACCCUGACGAGAGGGGAACGAGCAGCUGUAGUAAAGCUCCAACAGACCACCGAUACUGUGGCGACGAAUUCGCAAGAGGAAGGCGGAGAUGGCCAUCAAUCCUUGCCGAGGUUGCGUUAA